UGGGCGGAUACACAGUUGGGAGAGCAUUGGAGUGUGAGAAAUGAAUUUUGGAGCCAAACAGCAUUACCUGUGGUUUGUUGCGUGAAGUGACUGAAGAAACAAAACUAGGUGUUGUCACUCAGAUCUGUUCCAUUCCAAUUUCUGUUCGCACAUUUCGCGUGCCCUAAGCCUCGUCUCCUUCGGUAUGGGAGACGAAGACGACGACGAGGUGCUCGGUUGCGCCACCACCGCUUCUGGUCAAUCCGCCUCCACCAACAGCUUGCCACCUCCUGCCGAUAACACACUUCUCAAAUUGAACCAUCUCGACUUACACGCUGAUGACGCUGGAUCACAAGCCUCUCUUGCUGGCAAGAAGAAAAAGAGAGGCCAGCGCGCAGUUGGACCGGACAAGAGUGGAAGAGGUCUCCGACAAUUUAGCAUGAAAGUGUGUGAGAAGGUAGAAAACAGGGGAAGAACAACUUACAAUGAGGUGGCAGAUGAGCUUGUUGCUGAAUUUUCUGAUCCAACCAAUAGCGAAUUAACCCCUGAUCAGCAACAAUAUGAUGAGAAAAACAUCCGCCGAAGGGUGUAUGAUGCUCUGAACGUUCUCAUGGCGAUGGACAUUAUUUCUAAGGAUAAAAAGGAAAUCCAAUGGAAGGGACUUCCUCGUACCAGUGUGAAUGAUAUUGAAGAAAUAAAGACAGAGCGUCUUGGGCUAAGGAAUAGAAUUGAAAAGAAAACAGCCUAUCUGCAGGAGCUUGAGGAGCAAUUCGUAGGCCUUCAGAACCUUAUUCAAAGAAAUGAGCAGUUGUAUAGCUCAGGAAAUCCUCCCAGUGGAGGUGUAUCUUUGCCUUUUAUUCUGGUACAGACACGUCCUCAUGCAACUGUAGAAGUGGAAAUAUCAGAAGAUAUGCAGCUUGUUCAUUUUGAUUUCAAUAGUACUCCUUUUGAGUUGCAUGACGACAAUUAUGUUCUCAAGGCAAUGAAAUUUUGUGAGAGACCACAGCAAGAUAACACGACGCACAAUUUUACCGUUGGAGGUGAAGGUUCUAGCAUGUCAGGCUUGUGCCAACCACAGGGUCCUUCUACAAAUCUAAAAGUGUCAAAUAGGCCUCCAACCUCACCUCCUCUCCCUGGCAUAUUAAAGAGAAAUUGGCUUCAGUCGGUAGACCGUCAUAAUAGUUAUUCAGCAGUACAGCCAAAUCAUUCUGUAGGUUAGAAGCAGAUCGGUAUGUCUUCGUUAUUGUUAGCGGUAGACUUUGGCACCCUCUUUGCUCAUCAUCCAUCAUUGACUACCUUAACUUUUUUUAUUUCCAACAUAUUUUCACUGUAAUUUUCCCGUCUCAUAAAGUCGUUUGUGACAGUCCAUAGAUCAUGGAACGGAACCUAACAGCAUAGGAUUGGUUUUUUAAUUUUCUGUUUUAUAGUGUACAGGUUUCUUGCUUAUUUGGUAUCUGCACCAAUGCUAUUGUUUGUUUUGUAGCAUUGGCCUGGUCCCUCUAGCUAAUUCAAAAUAACUUUGAUGGAAAUUUUGCAUCUUACGUCCAUUAUUCUUGUAGAAGACGAUUAACAGAAAAAUUGAUUUAUAUUUAAUUGAGUGUGUCUAGAAUCUUGUUGAUGUAGCAGUGUUGUGGCAGUUUUAGUAUCAGUAGUUCUAAAUUCAUCUCCAAAAAAUUUAUUGGAAUGUAUUACUUACUGGGAAUGCGAAAGUUCCUGAUUCUUGAGGAAUAAUUGACGUUGGUCGCAUUGACGCUUCUUCCAGGAUAGAAAGGAAUUCUUGUUUAUAGAAAGCCCAUGUUACAAUAAUGUGUCCAUCUCUAUCUUGAUAGGCAUUAAUUGGGUGCUUUGUUUACCAUUCACUAGUGUUACUGUAUAUGUAAUGAAAAAGUGUCUUGAUAUGUUUGGAUAAUCGUCUUUUUUAGGUUAUAUCAUCAGGAAAAAGACAUGUACUGAUUAA